AUGUCCGUAAGACAAGUUAUCAGCGCAUUCGUCGCACUUCAAGUUAUCGCCACCACAGUGGCACAAUCCCCAGCGACUUUAAGUACCGAAAUCGGCGUCCAGAAUGUAACCACGAAGACAGAGGACUACAUCAACGAGAAUCGUCGUCAAUACAAUGCUACACUUCAAAGCUAUUUGGACCAAAUAAAUGGCGUGAAGAAUAGCCUGGAGGAUCAAUUGAAAGUGAUUGACAAACAAAAGGUGCUUUUGCUCAACACAAUACAGCAAACCUAUGAGCGGAUCGAUCCCUUGGAGGUGCUCAGUCUGCCUUCGAAGUAUUGCGUACAACAAUACCGCGCGGAGCUUCCAUAUGGCGAUAUUAUUAAAGCGAAUAUUGAAAGUUGCAUUACCAGCGCACGCAGCUACUCGAACAGCAUCGUCAGCACGCCCAAUACUUAUUACAGUCAGCUGAAUAGCUACUACAAUAGCAACUUGAAAACUGGUCUAAACAAUUGCGCAAAAUCACACAGUAAUCCCUCGUUAAAUUAUACACUUUGCGUCACAACGGUGAUUGCCCAAGCCAACACUUAUACUAAUACCAAUCGUGUCAAUUUCGCAUCUUCUAUGCAAUCAUCGGACUGUAGUUUGAAUAGUCGCAUCGAUGUGGCAGUCAGCUGUAGCUACAACUAUGUAAAUUCAGCCUUGACGUCGAUUGGUGCAGCAACGCGCUUAAUCGAUGAGUGCAUUAACGGUUAUUUAGAAAACAAACCAAAAUGUGAGAUUAAUAACACGACGGUCUACGCUGGCUGUCCGAAUGUGGUCUAUAUGGAGGUGAAGGAUGGAGACUUCCAAAAUAAGACCAUAGCAAAUCCAAUACAAGGCUUGUCUAGGAGCCAAGACUGCUUGGAAUUAAGAUUUGUUUAAAAAAAAUGUGAAUUCGUUGGAAAGCAGUGAAGGAAUCAUUUUAUUGCCCUUCUUUAGUUCAUUCUAUAGUGAAAUGGAAUAUUUUGCGCUUCAUCAGUAUUUAAAAAACGAGAUAUCAAAAGUUUUUCUAUAAAUUUACGAAAUUUUUCCAAUAAAAAGUAAGCAAUUAGAGAAAUCGUUUUUCGAU